UCUUUGCUCUCCAAGAUAUGUGUGAGUGAGAGCAGAGGAUCAAUGGUGUGGCAUUGCAGGAUUUCCUAUCAACACAUUUCUAGUUCUCAGGUACACAGACAACAACAAAUAGCACAGCUCGCAUAGUAAUAUUCUGCCAGACAGUUAUUUUAUCAGCCUACACUUAUUUACGAAGAAAAUCUUCUGAUGGUCCAGAACAUGCAUGAUGGGAGUGGUGAAAGAGUUUCAGUUGACUCGAGAGCAUCCUGUUGAUGAGCAUUGAGGAUUUUAAUAUUUUUUUCUCUCUUUUUCUCUGUUGUAAUGAGGACUGACAUCUUUACCUUUGCAAGGAUUUCAACUUUGCCAUUUUGAGCUUUUUUUCCGCCACCGUCAGGGGACGUCAGGGACUUGCCCAUGAUCUGCUUUAGGUAUCAGAACACUGAUAGCUCAGCGUCGGAGGAUCUUGGGUGCCGGAGAGGAGAGUUCAGCCGGAAACACUAUGGAUCAGUUGAAUUGCUCAUCUCCAGUGAUGCAGACGGGGCCAUACAGAGAGCUGGGCGAUUCAGAGUGGAGAACGGUUCAAUAGAUGAGGCCUCUGACUACACGCCUGGAACAUGGAGGCGAACUGACGUCCAUUUGGAGAACCCAGAGUAUCACACCAGAUGGUACUUCAAGUACUUCCUGGGAAAAGUUCAUCAAAACUACGUGGGGACAGAUGCAGAGAAGAAUCCCUUCUUCCUAUCUGUGGUUCUGUCAGACCAGAACAACCAGAGGGUCCCACAGUAUCGAGCCAUCCUGUGGCGCAAGACGGGAACUCUAAAAAUCAGCCUUCCAUACAGUCCGACAAAAACACUAUCAGUAAAAUCUAUAUUAAGUGCCAUGAACGUGGAUCGUUUUGAAAAGGGCCCAAGGGAAAUCCUUAACCCAGAGAUUCAGAAGGACUUACUGGUGCUGGAGGAGCAAGAGGGCAGUGUAAAUUUUAAAUUUGGUGUUCUUUAUGCCAAAGAUGGACAGUUGACGGAUGAUGAAAUGUUCAGCAAUGAAUCAGGAAGUGAGAAUUUUGAUAAAUUUCUGAAUCUCCUCGGUGACACGAUCUGUCUGCAGGGCUGGGCAGGGUAUCGAGGAGGACUGGACACUAAGAACGACACUACAGGAAUAAAUUCCAUCUACACAGUCUAUCAGGGUCAUGAGCUCAUGUUCCAUGUUUCCACCAUGCUACCUUAUUCGAAAGAGAACAAACAACAGGUAGAGAGGAAGAGACAUAUUGGGAACGACAUUGUGACCAUUGUGUUUCAGGAGGGAGAUGACGCCUCUCCGUCCUUCAAACCCUCUAUGAUUCGCUCCCAUUUCACACAUAUUUUUGCCUUAGUUCGAUAUAAUAGCCAGAAUGAUAGUUACAGGUUGAAGAUUUUCUCAGAGGAGAGUGUGCCCCUGUUCGGCCCACCGCUCCCUUCCCCUCCAGUGUUCACACACCACCAGGAGUUCAGGGACUUUUUACUAGUUAAAUUAAUAAAUGGAGAAAAAGCCACUCUUGAGACCCCCACUUUUGCUCAGAAACGUCAGCGCACGCUGGACAUGCUGAUCAGAUCCUUGAACCAGGAUCUAAUGCCUGACAUGCCCAAGGUUCCCUUCUCUCCGCAGAACAUGCUGAACCGACGUUCAUUCAGCGAUGUACUGCCAGAGUCGCCCAAAUCCGCCCGUAAAAAAGAAGAGGCACGCCAGGCUGAGUUUGUUCGAGUCGGACAGGCCUUGAAGCUGAAAACUAUAGUUCGGGGGGAUGCACCCACCAGUUUAGUCACCACUGGUCUUUGCAGAAAAGAGCCAUGGGAGUCACAGUCAUUCUGCAGUAGCUUCCCGUAUGAUAUAGUCUGUGGAGAUUCGUGGGGACAGUCAUUACUGGUGGCCACAGAUUCAGCAGGGGUCAUGCUGCUGGAGGCCUCAGAUCCACUAUUCUCCAAUGCAGAUUCACCAACCCUGCCUCCAGUGCAGGUAUUUGACAAAACCUUGACUGUCAAACAAAUGCACGUGCUUGAACCUCAGGACCUCCUCAUUGCAAGAGCAGAUAAGGGGAAAGAUGCUCGACUGUAUGUUUACAGACUGAGCACGCUCAAACGGGGGAUAGAGGAGCGACAGCUUGUCCGCACCAAGUGUGACAGUCGAGAGAACAAGCUUGAGAAAACCAAAGGCUGCCAUCUCUACUCUAUAAACACGCACCAUGGGGUGGAGCUCCGAAUCGUUGUGGCGAUAAGAAACAAGCUCCUCCUGAUCACCAGGAAACAGUCACGCCUGGAUUGCCUCAGCUCUUUCGCCACAGUCACAGGGACUACUGACUCACCUGUGGAAGAGUUCCAGUACAUACGGGAGAUCUGCUUAUGUGAUUCACCGGUGGUCAUGGCCCUGGUUGAUGGCCCAACAGGAGAGAAUGAUCACAUGAUCUGUGUGGCCUACAGACAUCAGUUUGACUUGAUCAAUGAGAGUACAGGAGAUGCUUACAGAUUACACCAUGUAGACGCCAACCGGGUGAACUUUGUUGCUGCCAUAGAUGUGUAUGAAGAUGGAGAGGCUGGACUUCUUCUUUGCUAUAACAAUAUCUGUGUCUAUAAGAAGGUGUGUCCGUUCAAUGGAGCAACACCCAUGAUUCAGCCCAAUACUUCAGACUUCCAUUUCAGCUGGAACCAAAUGCCCAACGCUAUUGUGUGUGCGUUCCCGUAUAUCCUUGCAUUCACCACUGACUCCAUAGAGAUUCGACUAGUUGUUAAUGGCAACCUAGUAUAUACAGCUGUCGUUCCAGAAUUGCAACUGACGGCGUCCAGAUCUGAUAUCUAUUUCAUCUCGUCAGCACCUAUAAACUCUGCCUCCAACUGUAGCUCCAGAGACACUAGUUCCCAGAGUUCCCCUCAGACUCCAACCGGCUACGAGAUGCCUGUCUUCCCUUCGCCGCUUGGAGAUGAUUGUAUUCGGAUCCCCUACGGCACCAAGCUAUCCCUCUACAUGUCUAAAGACUCUGAAGGCGAAGCUCCCUCAAAACACAUCUAUAAGAUCCCAUUGAGCAACCUAGUUGGACGGAGCAUAGAGAGGCCCCUCAAGUCUCCGUUGGUCAAUAAAGUGCUCACGGCACCUGCCUCCAGUGUGAUCGGCCCCACUCCCGUGAUCGCAAGCACAACCUCCCUCUCACUGUCUCGCAUGGAGAUCAAAGAGAUCGCCAGCCGGACACGGAAAGAACUGCUGGGUUUGACUGAGGAACCCAGCAGUAAAGCUGAUGGUAACUCAGUGAAACAGAGAAGAAUGAGCAAGAAAACCAAGGAGGAAGAACAGAGGAGAACAGCAGAGAUAAGCACCACUGAGCAAGUGGGAAUGGAGUCUGUAGAUGCAGAAACUGAUGUCCAUCAGCUUUGCUCAUCUGGCUCUGAGGUGGAGCCACGAGAUGAUAGCCCACCCACGGCCAGCCCUUUUACCUUCUCCACAUCUUUUGAGGAGGAUAUUCUGGACCUUAAGUGAUGACAAUCACAGUCUGUGGAUCAAAGUGCACCUCUCACCUUACACAUCCUACUACCUUUUACUUUAUAUCAUUCUUAUUUACCAUGUUACGUUGUGUUUUCCUUAGUCUGCCCACUCAUCUGUGUGCGUAAAUGAAUCCCCAGAGCUUUAAACUUGAAGGAGUUUACUGUGUGGUGAUGUCAAAAUUUACUCCUGGUGGAUGUAUGCAUGUGUGUGUAUGAUCCUGUGUUUACCGUAUAAGAAAGUUAUGUAAGUAUAUCAAAGAAACAGAUUCUCAGCUAUUAUUUCAGUGUUCAGUUUAAAGAAAAAAUAAAAACUGACCAAAAUUGUUAAAAAAUCCCUAGAAACUCAGUUAGUCAAGAUUUGAUUUCGUUUCUAUGAUUGAUGAGACACAUUCUCCAUCAGCAUUCGGACAAAUUUGUAGCUUUGUAGCAAACUUGUAGCCAUAUGAACAGAAAUAAAAAAUGGCUUGAAAGGAUUGAGCCACAAGUUAAGGUCAAGGCAAAUAUUACUUUUCGCUCCAAGACCUGAAUGUACGAUUGACAUUCCUAAAAACAAUGACAUUUUAACUCCUUAUUUUGUGUUUUUAAAUGUUUUGUAUGUCUGUGAUUUGUACAUUGUGUGAUUAUUUCAAAGUUGUAAGAAACUCUAUAUGCAUCUUGGACCCGAUGCACAUGAACAUACAAAUGUAAACGUACAAACAUAUAAAUAUAUACCUUUCUAGUUCUAUUGUAUUAUGGAGAAAUAAAACUUACUUCUUGUGUAUAUCAGUGUUAUGGUCUAACCUGCCUUCACCCUCACCAUGCUUUUAAACCCUGACAUGCAAACCCUCUGCAGAAAGGGCAGGAGUCUCCCACAAGUGCCAUUUUCUACUGCAGCCGUCAACCACAAGCAGCGCCCUCUAUCAGACUGAUCAUGGAUUGCAUAUGUCAUGAGGCAGAAGCAAACAAACACAAUUGCAGAACACAGUUUGGUCACUACAUCUGGUAAAUGUGCAGCUGUUUACUAUGCUGACAGUAUGAGCUUUGAUCCAUGAACAUCUUCAUUUACAAGCGCACACAGUCAAACGCAGUCUUUAUUUAAGUGCUGUUGCUUCUUGAAAAGGGCUCUGGAUCACCUGCAUGCCUCCAUUCAAACCCACUAUUAAACAAAAGGGAUUUGAUGUAUUAAUGGUUUAGAAUUAGGAUGUAUUUACUCUUCUCAUGGAUUUGGUACAAAUUGAAAAAAAAAAAAAAAAAAACUCUAGGAAUUAAAGCCAGGGUUAAUUAGAUUACAUCUCUGACUCUGGGUUAUACAGCCAAAAAAAAAAAAAACCUUCACCAAUAUCUUUGUCUUGUUUUCUAGUAGAAUCUAAACAUCUUAAAACGAGAUGAAUUUAUGUGAGAAAUAAUGCGAUAUUUAUUUUGGCCCAUUUUUUCUAGAUUUAGGCAUAAACACAAUAUUUUACACAUACACACACACAUAAUAAACAUUUUUUUUUUUACAUAUGAAUAUUCUUAAUAUGAUUAUUUAAAGAUGUUUUUCGAUAGUUUAACUGGAAAACAACACAUAAAUACCGAAUAAAGGUUUUUGCUGUGUAAUAAGAGAACAAGAAUAUUGAUUCUGCUGUUUACAGUUCAAACUCAGAGAUGUUUAAAAAAUGUCAUCACAGUGACACUAGAACACAAGAGCCUCAGGAACAGCACAGAAGGAGGUGUAAGUAUUAAACUGCUUAGCUGAAUGCAUGUCCCCCCACUCUCAACCUUUCUCCAUCUGAAUGUGAACUAUUUAACACUAGUAGCAGACUGGACUGAAAAGGGAGAACUUGGGAAUAUUUUUGUAAAUGAAGAGUUUCACAUAGCAUUUAUUUGCAAUUUUGUUGUCUUUGAAGGGAAUAGGUGAGCCAGAGACUGAUGAAAAAUAUAUUUCAUUUUUUGUUUAGUUUUUUUCUAUGGCAUAUUGUCCGUUGUCUUCCCCCUCCUUCUGUUCACUCCCCUAACUGUUUUCACAGUGCUUUUGUAUCUAUAUCGAUAUUAACUGUUUAGACUGUUGCAGAAAUUCUGUGAUAUCAGAAAUUAAACAAAAAUGAAUAAAAAAAAAAAAACACCAAGUGUCUUAAAAUAUUGUAUUGUAAUUGUUUUUAAUGCAGAGUAUUACUUGUAAAUGUUAGUGUUUCGGAUGUGGCCUCAAAAAUAUUACUAUUAUUAUUAUGGCAUUUAUUUGAAAAAGUUCUGUAGCACACUGCUGUAGUUACUGUUCAUCGAUAUGAAAUAAAUAUUAAUGAAAUUUAAA